AGUUCGUUAAGAAGAUGUCAGGACGUGGAAAGGGAGGCAAGGGGUUGGGGAAAGGAGGCGCCAAGAGGCACCGCAAAGUGCUCCGCGACAACAUCCAGGGCAUCACCAAGCCCGCCAUUCGUCGGCUCGCUCGCCGCGGAGGAGUCAAGCGCAUCUCCGGGCUCAUUUAUGAGGAGACCCGCGGCGUCCUCAAGGUCUUCCUCGAGAACGUCAUCCGCGACGCCGUCACCUACACCGAGCACGCCAAGAGGAAGACGGUCACCGCCAUGGACGUGGUCUACGCUCUCAAGCGCCAGGGCCGCACUCUGUACGGCUUCGGCGGCUAAGGCUCCUCCGCUUCCACAGACCAAAACGUCAACAAAAGGUCCUUUUCAGGGCCACCCACCUUUACCUGAAAAGAGCCAAUCGCUAACGCUAUUUUACCUAACGCACUGGAAUUACUGGAAUAAUACCCAAAAUACAUAGAAACCUAGCUCGAGGCAUCGAAUCUUUUACUUUACAGUAUAAAGAGCCCUGGUUAUUUUGUUCCGAUAGUGGUAAGCUCAAUUUGCUUGUAUGUAUUUUCCUCUUAAAUAUUUCUGAAUUCUCGUUGCCUUCUGUAGCGGUGGGUUGCCCACAUUUUCCUAAAAAACCGAUAAUACUUUUGUUUUCAGAAGCGAUUACAAAUACGUGCUUGGAUUUUCGUUUUGCACUAAUACAUUAAUUAUGAGUUGGGGCCAAGUGGGCGUCUCCAACGUAGCUUCCUUUCAACUGCAUUGUGGAGUAUUGGGUAG